AUGGGCAACGACGACCACCGACGGAGGAAGACACCCUGCGGCUUCUGCAUGGCGGUGUUUAAGUGGAUCCCGGUGCUGUUCAUCACCGCGGUGAUAGCCUGGUCCUACUACGCCUACGUGGUGGAGCUGUGCAUCCGUAACUCGGAGAACGGCAUUGGCAUGAUUUUUAUGCUGCUUUUCUAUCACAUUUCCCUGACAUUGUUUAUGUGGUCCUAUUGGCGUACCAUCAUGACCUCCGUGGGCCGAAUUCCCGAACAGUGGCGAAUUCCGGAUGAGGAAGUGACGCGACUGUUUAGGGCCGACAGCCCCGAGACUCAAAAACGCAUUCUCAAUAACUUUGCACGCAAUCUGCCAGUCACAAAUCGCACCAUGAACGGUUCGGUGCGGUUCUGUGAGAAAUGCAAGAUAGUCAAGCCGGAUAGGGCACAUCACUGCAGCGUCUGCAGCUGCUGUGUGCUAAAGAUGGACCACCACUGCCCCUGGGUUAACAACUGCGUAAACUUUUACAAUUACAAGUUCUUUGUGCUUUUCCUGGGCUAUGCCCUUGUUUACUGCCUGUACGUGGCCUUCACCACAUUGCACGACUUUGUGCAGUUCUGGAAGGUAGGUGCCUACGAAAAUAAUGCACAGGGCCAGUUGAAUGGCGGCGGAAUGGGUCGCUUUCACAUCCUGUUCCUGUUCUUCAUCGCCAUUAUGUUUGCCAUUAGUUUGGUGAGCUUGUUUGGCUACCACAUCUACCUGGUGCUGGUAAAUCGCACAACGUUGGAGUCGUUUCGAGCUCCCAUCUUUCGCGUUGGCGGCCCCGAUAAGAAUGGCUAUAAUCUGGGACGAUUCGCCAAUUUCUGCGAAGUGUUCGGUGACGACUGGCAGUACUGGUUACUGCCAGUAUUCUCCAGUCGCGGUGAUGGCUACAGCUUUCCAACGUCCAGCGACCAGAGUCGGCCAUCAGCCACCAAUCCAGCCAUUUCCCCGCCCGUCCAGCGGUAUGAUGCAAUGGGGGAGACGGCGUCCAGCAGGUUAGAUGGCAAUCCGACAGAUAAGUUGAUUGACGCUAUUCCCAACGACUCCACUAACCAUCACCACCACCACCACCAAUCGCCUCAUCAAGUAAGAAGCAACAGCGACCAGCAACCGCAACCGCAACCGCAACCACUGCACCUGGGCGAUCCAACGUCCCCGUACCUGGACGAGCGCCUGGAGCAGCACCAGCAGCCAGAUCCAGCGGCAAGCGGCCAAUCGUCAAGCUGCAGCACGGCAGCAGCCAGGUCUAGUCAGGAGGGAGCCGUGUUCAUCGAAAUGGUCGGAGAUCACCCCCGGACAGUAACUGAAUCUGUCAAGAAUUCAACGCGUCCGCCCAACGGCGAUCUGCCAGUUUGAAUUUUGCUAAUUUUAUCCCGUUUCCUUAGAUGUAGACGUGUAUUGUACUAUAUAUCCGAGUAAACUGCCAGAUGUUUGUGAGGAUUAAGCAGUUUGUAGUAGGCCAAUAAGUGUUACCUCCAGAAGCGAUUCAUCAACUGUACAAUUUGGGCUAUUUUUAAUGGCUGGGACCACAACAAACAAACACACAAAAACAACGAGCACCACUUUCGAUAGCCACAUUUGAUUAAGCUUAGCCGUAGGUUUUUAUACAUAUAUAUAUAUUCAAGCAUUUAUCGUUGUUUCAAUCGAUCGAAUUUUGUAAUUGAAAUUAAAUGAAUGCAAAUACUA